AUGCGGAUCCAACUGAUAAGAGCCAAGCAAGCUAAGCCCUACAGUGUGGAUUUGUACUUGAACUUGUACAAGUACAAACCAGGUUGUACAAUGCUGAGUAAAGCAAAACCAAAUAGGAAGCUGACAUUCCUGUACUUGGCCAAUGAUGUCAUACAGAACAGCAAAAGGAAAGGACCAGAAUUUACAAAAGACUUUGCUCCAGUAAUAGUGGAGGCUUUUAAGCAUGUUUCAAGUGAGUCUGAUGAGAGUUGUAAGAAACACCUUGGCCGAGUGCUCUCUAUCUGGGAAGAAAGGUCUGUUUAUGAAAAUGAUGUAUUAGAACAACUUAGGCAAGCUUUGUAUGGAGACAGAAAGGUGAGGAAGCGCACAUAUGAACAGAUAAAAGUUGAUGAAAAUAACUGUUCACCUCGAAGUUCUCCCACUGACCCUCCACAGACCACAGAUCUCAUUAGAGCAUUACAAGAACUAGAAAACGCUGCCUCUGGGGAUGCAGCAGUUCAUCAGAGAAUAGCUUCUUUGCCUAUAGAGGUCCAAGAUGUGUCCCUGUUAGACAGAAUAACAGAUAAGGAAUCUGGAGAGCAACUUUCCAAAAUGGUAGAUGAUGCAUGUAUGUUGCUGGCGGAUUACAAUGGCAGGUUGGCAGCUGAAAUAGAUGAUAGAAAACAGCUAACUCGAAUGUUGUCGGACUUUCUCCGAUGUCAAAAAGAAUUCCUUGCAGAGAAAGAACAUAAGCUGGAAGUGGUGGACAUGGACCUAUCUUCUAAUGAUGUCACCUCCAUUAGUACACACAUCCUGCUAAAAAUAAAUUUAAGAAUCAAAAUCUUGUAUUGUCUGUUGUUUUUGAAAACUGAAGAGGAGGAAUUCUGUAACUACUCAUACCAAACCUCUGCUAUUUUCAUCUAUAUUCUCACAAACGUUACUGAGUUUAUGCCUGAGAUGGAUAAGUAUUUAUCCACUGUCAUUCCUCUUUCUUGA